AUGUCUAUUCUAUUCACAACUGUGAAAGGCCCCUCAUCACCAUCUGAAGACAGUGCACAUGGGCCAAUUGGCUGUCCAACUCCAUAUGCCGAGCCACUGUGGUAUUCCCGAAACGUGUCACCCCAUUACACUACUUUACAUCGCAAACUUCGCGCCGCGGUGCGCAAAUACGUCGAUGAAGAAAUCUUGUUAUAUGCCUUCGAUUGGGAAUCGGCAGGCAAAGUACCAGACUCGGCACGUGCCGCCCCCCAGGCAUGGCGACGACAUGCGGAAUUGGGAUAUCUAGCCUUAAGCACAGGACUUUCGGAUGUUAAACUACCGGGAGAUAUUAAACCUGAAGAGUGGGACUCGUGGCACACUUUGAUCGUUACGGAUGAGUUGUCGCGUGUCGUAAGAUCGCGCGCUGUCAAUUUUGGGACGGAAGAGCAAAAAGCGAAAUUUUUACCUGGUGUUGCGAACGGUAGCAUAAGAUUUUGUCUUGGCAUCACGGAACCUGAUGCUGGCUCCGAUGUAGCAAAUAUCAAAACUACUGCUGUAAGUAGCGGGGGCCAUUAUGUCGUUAAUGGGUCAAAGAAAUGGAUCACAAACGCUAUUUGGGCGGAUUAUGUCACCGCGGCUGUUCGUACUGGAGGCGUGGGAGCGAGUGGUAUAUCGCUCCUUAUCAUCCCGUUGAAAGCUGACGGAGUCUCUCGGAGGACGAUGCAUAAUUCGGGCGUUGGAGCAUCUGGCAGCACAUUUCUUACUUUUGAUGAUGAUGUUAAAGUUCCUAUUGAGAACCUUUUACACAAAGAAGGUCGCGGAUUUGAAGUCAUCAUGUCCAAUUUCAAUGCUGAGCGCAAAAGUAUUGCCUCAUCGGCCAUUCGAUUGAGUAGAGUAUGUGCUGAAGAUGCAUGGAAACAUGCUUGUACUCGUGAGACAUUUGGAAAGAAAUUGAUUGAGAAUCCGGUGAUUCGAGCGAAAUUUGUGAAGAUGGGAAGGAUGAUCGAACCUGCGCAAGCAUUCCUAGAACAAUUGACUUGGUUGAUUGAAUUGGGUAGGGAAGAUGGCGGAGAGAAUGAUAUGAGGAUUGGAGGUAUGACGGCUAUGUUGAAAGUUGUAAGUACGAGGUGCCUCGAGAAAUGUGUAAGGGAAGCUCAACAAAUCAUGGGUGGAUUGGGCUAUGCUCGAGGUGGGAAAGGUGGACGGAUCGAGGCUAUCUCAAGGGAUGUUAGGGUUAUGACUGUUGUAGGAGGUGGGAGUGAGGAGAUUAUGAGCGAGCUUGCGAUCAAAGAAGAAGUUAAAGAUCUGAAGAGAUACUCAAGCACUUUCAGCAAACUUUGAACCCUUCUCAAGAUCAUAAAAAGAAAGAAUACACAUUUGACUUGACUACACUACACUGUCUCUUGCUCAGAUAACCCCGAGUGAAAGAGCAUUAGCUAUCAACAUACUAUCUGGCAUUUAAAACGAAUAUGUUCCAUCCAUU